AUGAUUGCUCGGCCGGUCCUCGAGAGCUGCUUGUCAUGGCCAGCAGACGAGGGUAUCUUCUUUUCGGUUCCGGCUGGGAGUGGCGCUGCUUGCCCGAAGUUUCGCGAUGUGAGAAAAGCGGAUGAAGGCAAUGCCUACGAAGGAACAGUGACUUCGAUUGUGUCGGGAGCUGGGAAUUUGAUUUCGGUGUUUUACGACGCAGAAAAGCGGAAAUGGUCUAUAUCGCAUGCGGGAUUUCUCCGCGAAGGGCGCUUAAUCUACGACGCGGCUGCGUAUGCGAAUGCCAGAGUCGCGUUUUUGGUUCGCGAAGCGUCAAUCAGGAUCGCAGGGUCUCCUUGGAUAGUCAUUCAAAGGAUAGAAAUAGUCUUCUACCAGAAGUCUCAGAACUGCGCACCGAAAAGGUUGAAAGCCUUGAGGCGGGUCAUGUCGAGGGCACUGCGAGCCCAGCUCUUUCGAUCGAUCCUUCUGGCAGGAUUGCGAGCGUCACCUACGAGCCGAACAGAGUACUGUUAUUUCGGUUGGAGGAGGCAUAAUUUCUCAGGGCGAUUUACUUAUUUUUAUUGCGGAGCCAGUGCUCUUCACAUUCCGCCAAAAUGUCAGAAGCGUUGGAAGGCCAUGGCAUUGCAUUCGAACAUAGCAGAGGACAGACAUAACUUCAAGACUCAUCUGGGUACGGACUGUCCGUUCGCCUAG